CUGGUGUUCUCGGGCAUGCUGUGCGUGUCGGCCAGCAUCGGCAUCUACUACGCCUUCUUCGGCAGCAAGAACGCGACGCCGGACGAGUUCCUGAUGGGCAGCCGCAACCUGCGCGUGGCGCCCGUGGCCCUGUCCAUCCUGGCCAGCUUCAUGUCGGCCAUCACGCUGCUGGGCACGGCCACCGAGAUGUACGUGUACGGCACCCAGUACCUGCUCAUCAUCCUCUCGUACUGCUUCGUCAUCCCGGCCACCGCCUACCUCUACAUGCCCAUCUUCUACAAGCUGCAGGUGACCAGCGCCUACGAGUACCUGGAACUCCGAUUCAACCACAUCAUUCGUACCAUUGGGUGCCUCACCUUUUCAAUUCAGAUGUUAAUUUAUAUGGCCAUCGUCCUGUACGCUCCUGCGCUGGCACUUUCCCAAGUGACUGGAAUCAGUGUGUGGACGUCAGUGCUCUCCAUAGGCAUCGUGUGCACAUUCUACACAAGCGUCGGCGGCAUCAAGGCGGUGGUGUGGACGGACGUGUUCCAGAUCUUCCUCAUGUUCUCGUCCAUGCUGCUCGUGGCCUUCAAAGGGGCCUACAGCAUUGGUGGCUUCGGCUACGUCUUUGAACUGGCCAGCAAAAACCAGCGGGUCGAGUUCUUCAAUUUUAAUCCAGACCCCACGGACCGCCACACAGUCUGGGGUCUAAUCAUCGGUUGCUACUUUACGUGGAUGUCUAUUUACGCUGUGAGUCAAGCCAUGGUUCAGCGGUACCUGACCCUCCCGAACCUCAGAGGAGCCAGACAGGCAAUCUGGUUCAACCUGCCUGGCCUUUCGUUCCUGUUAAUUAUAUGCGCUUUGGCCGGGCUCGUUAUGUAUGCCAAGUAUUACGACUGCGAUCCCCUGCUCACGAAGAAAGUCAGCUCAAGUGAUCAGCUUCUGCCUUUGUACGUAAUGGAUAUUCUUGGACUAUUUCCCGGGAUCCCAGGAUUGUUCGUUUCUGGCAUCUUCAGCGGUGCUUUAAGUACCGUAUCUUCGGGCGUGAAUUCUCUAGCCGCCGUCACGCUGGAAGACGUCAUAAAGAGACACAUCAAGAGCGACAUGUCGGAUCGCUUCGCUACAAACUUGACGAAGGGCCUAGCAAUGUCGUACGGAUUCAUCGCCAUCAUACUUGUAAUCAUUGCACAAAACUUGGGCAACGUACUGCAGGCAGCGUUGUCAAUAUUUGGGAUCGUCGGAGGACCCCUUCUGGGCGUCUUCACCCUUGGAAUAUUCUUCCCUUUUGCGAACAGCAUUGGUGCAGGCGUCGGCACCAUUGGCUCGCUGAUUACUUGUUUCUGGAUUGGCUUCGGCUCCUUCUACUUCAAGCCAGCCGUUCGCAAGCCGCCCGUUUCCGUCCUCGGCUGCCUACCACUAUACCUUAACGUGACUGGACAACGUGGCAACGUCACCCUCCCUGUUCCUGUGGACGUAGAUCUGGCAAACCAAGACAUCAUGUGGAUUUAUAAAAUAUCCUACGUCUGGUACAGCAUGAUAGGAUGUAUGCUGGUUGUCUUCAUCGGGAUCAUCGUGAGCUUCAUCACUGGUUACAAGAAACCGUCUGAUGUCAAUCCAAGGACCGUCAAUCCCCUCUAUAACUUCCUCUGCAAGAGGUUUCUUCCAAAGACACUGCACGACAAGUUUUUGGUCAAGUCCAUAGAAGAGUACGACAAAGAGCAGAUGAUUACGCUCGGAAGAUCCGGGUCUCCCGAGUUCACGCCGAAUUCGAGCAAUGGAAAAGUGAAUCCUGCGUUCGUGGCGAGCGACGACAAAGAGCUCGCCCUUGUGUCGUCGGCGAGGGACGCCACCAACAUCGAAGCGACGACGACGCCCGAACUAAAAGCGGUGCGAGCACUCGGCGAGUCCCCGAUCUCAGACCGACGGAAAACGGCGGCCAACGGCGUCACGGGGUCCCCAAACAAGGCCCUUUCAGAAGACGAAGCUGCGACGCCGUUGUGA